AUGACAGGUCUCGAUCAGUUCUCCAAGUACAAGCAAGUUACCUAUGUCGCGGUGAACGAUCUGCUGGCUGUUAGUGAUGCUAUCCAAAGGAUUAUCGAGAGACUGAACACGGUCGCCGCCUGGGCAGCAGAAGAGGGAAAAAUGUUUACCUGCGUCGAGAACAGUCAGCAUGGCCAACCUCAACCAGAUGAACGCAAGCUUUCCAAAGGACACUCUCCUGCGCGCAAACGCAGAGAGAAAGCCCCGACACCCAACACCACAGAGUUUGUACGCUCCGUUUGUUUCUGGCGAGGGGCAUCGAGGUUCGUUUAUGUCCGCCCGUUCGUUCAAAUCUUCCUCAUUGUGGUGUUUGCUUCUUGGAUGCUACCUGGAUAG